AUGUCUGGGUUAGUGGCUGUUAAUCCUAAACCCUUUCUUACAGGCCUAAUUGAAAAGACAGUUAUUGUUAGACUCAAAUGGGGGAAUAUAGAAUAUAAGGGUACCUUAGAAUCUUAUGAUGACUAUAUGAACUUUCUACUAAGAGAUUGUGAGGAGUGGAUUGAUGGUACUGUGAAAGGGGCUCUAGGAACAGUAUUUAUACGCUGCAACAACAUCUUAUAUAUAAGAGAGAAAGAUCCUCUAAAAGUAGAGAAUAAUGAAGUAAAGAUGGCAGAUUAA